AUGAAAGAUGUGGAACGAGCAUUCGAUAAAUUCAAUGCGACAUUGCAUCGGUUUGAUUGUAUGCUAGCGGUUGAUACAGCCAGCGCUACAAGGCCUUUUUCACCGAACGGGUCGUGUGCCGAUUGCAGGGUUCGUUCAUCCACAGCAUUUGUUGUUUCUUACCACGAUAGAAGGCAGUCGUCGAGUGCUGCUUCGUUCAUGCAGUCACGCCAGAAAAACACCCAUAACGCAUCACUUACCACGACAUAA